GUAAAAUACAAAAUAGGUACCACGGACGUGUAAAUACAUUUUUUUUUUAUUAUAGCAACACAAAGAACAUUUAUGUGACGUCAUGAUGGCCUGGUUGGGUUAGGUUUGCUUGGAAAUUUUUGUAAAAAGUCUUGUAUUUUAGUGUAUUAUAUGUUGUGCUACUUAAUUUAGAAUAGUCAUAUAAAUACCUCAUAGAGUAGCAUUAAUAGUGGUGCCAAGGAUUGUUUGUUUCGGUUACAAUUUCUGGCGAAAAUGAAUCGCCAUGAAGGAGUCAGCUGUGAUUCUUGUUUGAAAAAUAACUUUAGGGGACGACGAUACAAAUGUUUGAUAUGCAUCGAUUAUGACCUAUGCGCAGCCUGUUAUGAAUCCGGCGCUACCACAAAUCAACACACAACCCAGCACCCCAUGCAAUGCAUUCUUUCCAGAAGUGACUUUGAUUUAUACUAUGGGGGAGAAGCAUUGGCUCUUGAACAACCUCAGGCAUACACAUGUCCAUAUUGCAACCGUAUGGGGUUCACAGACACAGCUCUCAUGGAACAUGUCACAGCUGAACAUGCUGAUACCACAUUGGCUGUGGUUUGUCCUGUUUGUGCAUCAAUGCCUGGUGGUGAACCAAACUUUGUUACUGAUGACUUUGCUGGCCAUCUCACACUCGAACACAGGACUGGACCUAGAGAUCUCAUCUCAUUUUUGGACGAGCCCAGUGGCAUCAGACAUGGCGGAGUCCGCCGCAUGCCGCAGUCAGGACGCGGCGUGAGUCGUCCGAGACGCACCAAUAUGCAGUUCAGCACGGGCGGCGGCAUAUCGUCUCUGUCGCCGUCGUCGCGCGACGCAGUGGUGGACCCCAUAGCCGAGCUGUUGUCGCAGCUGUCGGGCGUGCGGCGCGGCGCCGGCCAGCCGGGCACGCCCAGCCAGCUGCAGCAACUGCAGAUGCAGCUGCAGCUCGAGCGGCAGCAGGCCACGGUACGUCACACUCGCACUACGUAUACAUUUGCCAGGGCGGCCCGACAACAGAUAGAGAGGUUGCCGCGGCGCGCGGCGGCGUCGUCGAGCGGCGCGGCGGGAACGGGCGCCGGCGCCGCGCCGCAGCCGCAGCCGCAGCCCGCCGCGCAACCGCAGCCCGCCAGCGACGCCAACGACUCGCAGUUCCUACUCUCCGGGUUCCUGGGUGUGACGAACAGUCGCGCGGGCGCGGAAGCUGAGUGCCGCGCGGCGCUGCUGCGCGGGCUGAUGCUGGCGUCGCUGGGGCGGCCGCCGCCCGUCGCCCGCGCGCCCCCGCCCGCGCCCCGCGCUCCCCCAGCGCCUCGCGCCGCGCCCGCUCCCGCACCCGCACCGACACCGCCGCCGCCCGCGCCCGCGCCGCCGGCCAUGCUGCGCGUCAAGCCGCAGCCGCGCACCAAGGAAGCGGCGGCGCGUGCGCACGCGGGCGCGCGCCAGCUGCCCGAGGGCAGGUAGUCGCGGGCGGAGCCGCGGCCCGCGCUAGAGCCCGCGCCCCCGCCCCCGCCCGCCGGCCCCCGCCGUCAGCGCCCCGCCACCGCGACGCCUCCCUAGCGGACGCUUACCUUUGUUUUGUUGCCUUUCGAAAUAUCAGUGUGAUUUUCUUUACUGUAGAAAAUAUAUAGGAAUGUUUUAAUCGAUUUUAACCACGAGUUUAGAAUUUAAUGAUAUUCAUCGAAAUGUCACGAGAGCGUCGUCGCCGUCCGUCGCGUCGGUCGCGGGCCGCCCGGCUCACGUCGCACCCCGGUGAACGUUAGACGACUGUGAAACGAGGCGUAGUUUGUAUUUUUUUUCUUUUUUUUCGUUGUAUUCUGCAUAGAUUGAAAGUUAAUUAUUAUUAUUGUAAAGUUACCUUUAAAAAAUAUAUAUUAACGAAAUAUGGAGAAUCCCAGUCACGAAAAUUUUCGAUGCAGAUAAACCCACGAAUUCACUGGCUACUCUCAAAGUGCUUAUUAGUUUGAUUAUUAUACUUCAACAUUACAAAAUGUUUGUAUGUACCCUAAUUAAAUUCUAUAAUAUUAAUAUAUGCAUUUCAUUCUUUCAUUUCACGUAAGUGUAUGUAUUAGAUUUUUUUCUGGAAGAAUGUCACCAACUUUGUUUCAUUUUUAUAUAGAGAAUAACAGGUUUUGUUUAAGUACUAAAAUAUCUGCAAUCUGAAAUGUAAAGCACUCUAAUCAUAUUGUAAUAAAUAAUGUAUAAAACAAAUAUGAAGUUUGGAUGGAAAGAAAACAAAUACAGGUUUUUAUCAUCUGUAAUUAACAACCCUAUUCCCAAAAUGUAUAUUUUUAAUCCUACGAAACUGCCUUUUCCAUUCAAGAUCAUUUUCCAGGGAAGGAACAUCUGGCAAGUAAAAAAAAAGAAGGCUAAUAGGUUGUUCUAUUCUAUCCUCUUCGGCCGAAAACCCAUGCUGGUGAAGAAGUAAGAAUCUUAAGUAAUUAACUCUGACCAGGUAUCAAUGAGCAAGCAGCCACGUACUUUUACUUUCCCUGUCAGGCGAAUGCAAUAAGCUAUAGAGCGAGACCAAAGUUUAAAAUGUCCUUGUUGACAACUUGAUACGAAACAAAGUUGCAAUGGCGGCCAAAAGGAUUUUUCGUACCCGUCCGAAUGAGAGUUCUGUGAAUUCCAAAUUGAUCAAAGUUAAAACGGAUUUUGAAACAUAUUAACUCACAUGACAAAUGAAAGAUAUACCAAUUAUAAUAUUUUACAAUUGCUAUUCAGAGGCGGUUAGGCUUCGUAUAAACAAAAGGUUAGACCCUCAAUAAAGCAAGCAACAUAUUUAAACGAAUUACUAUAAUACUUAUAAAAUCUAUUGACAAUUCGUCGGGUAGGUAGUGCACACGGUGCCUGAUUUACAGUUGUUAGGGCCCUAGGCUUAAUUAUGACUGCGCCCGCCUGCCUGUCCUGUCAUACC